UUGUCUUCCAGCUCCAAACUAUCAGCUACAGUUCCUGCAUUCAUUCCUGGGAAGACAUACACAGGAGUAACAUCUGGCGGGCUUUCCAGUGAGUUGGUUAUCAAAUCCACUCUUUCACCUUUUGUGCCAGAGUUCCGUCCUUCGGGGUCCUUUGCUCCUCUGUUGUCAGCACCCUAUCAACCCACCUGCAGUUUAUUACAGCACAACAGUAAACAAGCAUAUCUCAAGCAUCAAAAGGUUGAUUUAAAAGAGGUAUGUAGGUCAAUAAUGGAAAUGUUCUUGAAAACUUUUACUGCAUUGAAAAAUGAAAGUGGUUAUUCCCAGUGUUACUAGGAAAACCAUAAACACCUUAAAUUUGUCAAGAAUGGUUUUUGUUCUCUUGCCAAUCAUACUCUGAAAGGACUUUCAUGCUCCAAAACCACAAACAAUUCAACAGUUGUCAUUUGAGCUUGAUCAAAAUUUGCAGUAUGCCUUCGGACUCCUACAAAAUGCAAACUGAAAAAAUCCUGAAAUUAGCAGCAGAAUAAAAUAAUGAUGCAGACAAAGGCAAGAAUCUCGUCCAGAAAUAACAGUUUCUUUAUCAAUANCUUUCACCUUUUGUGCCAGAGUUCCGUCCUUCGGGGUCCUUUGCUCCUCUGUUGUCAGCACCCUAUCAACCCACCUGCAGUUUAUUACAGCACAACAGUAAACAAGCAUAUCUCAAGCAUCAAAAGGUUGAUUUAAAAGAGGUAUGUAGGUCAAUAAUGGAAAUGUUCUUGAAAACUUUUACUGCAUUGAAAAAUGGAAGUGGUUAUUCCCAGUGUUACUAGGAAAACCAUAAACACCUUAAAUAUGUCAAGAAUGGUUUUUGUUCUCUUGCCAAUCAUACUCUGAAAGGACUUUCAUGCUCAAAACCACAAACAAUUCAACAGUUGUCAUUUGAGCUUGAUCAAAAUUUGCGGUAUGCCUUCGGACUCCUACAAAAUGCAAACUGAAAAAAUCCUGAAAUUAGCAGCAGAAUAAAUGAUGCAGACAAAGGCAAGAAUCUCGUCCAGAAAUAACAGUUUCUUUAUCAAUAAUUCUUAAGAAGCUUUGUCCUCAGAAUAGACCGUUCUUUACAAUUUCCUUGAGUAGUGGUUGGUUUUGUACAAAGUUCCAGUCCAGUCGGUAGAGCACUUGACUGCAGAGCGGGAGGUCGCGGGUUUGAUUCCUGUGGCUAGACCAAUACUCACGUUCUUAAAAAUAACUGAGAAAUGAAGGUACUUCCUUUGCACUUCAAGCGGCUAGACCUUUGCGUAUUAACUUGGAUGACAACGUAAAAUGGCGGUCCCGUCUCCAGUUAGGGAUGUGUAAAUAGUGUCCCCAAUUAGUACUUUCCUGCUAAAUACACUGACACUCAAAUAAAGUACUUUAUUUAAAAUUAUUGUUUAGCACUGACAGUUGGUAUUAACACGCUGUGUCACAAAAGGCAAAAAAGGAAAGUCCUAAAAUUUAUAUUGCUUUUGAGCAUCCAUUACUUUUGGAGGAGACUGUUGUUUGGUUUGGUUGCUACUUUUGGAACUCUAUGUUAUUCUUUUUACAAUAACUUUCCACUGUGAUGUAAUAUGCGACUACAUUGUAUAACUUUAUUACGCACCAUUUUCUGCAGAAUGUAUCUCAUGGAGCAGACCAGACAAGCUUCCAAGAUACAGCCAACAAGAGCACAACCAAAGUUAAAAAGCCUGAUAGUGCAGAGAAAAUUCGAGAGUCUCAAAAUGUAUCAGGAAGCAACUCAAGUGAACACCUCACAGAAAACUGUGCGAAUGUGAGCAAGAAAAAAAGACAGAAAAAGAGGAAACAAUCUAAUAGUCUUAUCGAUUAUCAAGGCAAUGAGGAAAAAACAGAAGGAACUACAGAAAAAGCUUUGCAUCAGGAGAAAGAUGUUUCUCCACAGAAAGUCACAGACGACAUGGUCUCUAGUAAGGAAAAUGGGGUCACGACUUCACAACCAAACUGUAAAUCAUUACUUUCCUCUUCUAAAAGUACCAGUUCUUCUGAGGUUAAUACUAAGGAUGAGAAAGCAAACAUAUCCUCUACAAAUCAUGAUUCACAUAAUAAUAAAGCACAAUAUCCAGCUCCCCACUUAACUGUAAGUUACAGUGAUAAAGUGAAGAACUCAUCAUUAAAUAUAAACAGUAGUGCGAGCAAACGUGCACUAGGAGACAAAUCUUGGGUAAAGAAUUUUACUGUGGAAAAUUCCAACAAAAUUGUUGACGCUGUUGAUCUAGCUCAUAGUUCUAAGAUUAAUGUUGACAAAGACAAAAGGACAUCUAACCUAGGUAGCAAAAAGAGAAGGGCUUCAAAUAGUGGACGUUUAAGUAGUGCACCUAUUAAACCUCUGGAUUCAACUUCAGGGGGAGAUGAUGAACAUUAUCAACAAAAGUACUGUAAUUCAUCAAACUCAGAGACUUCAAACUUAAGGCAAAUACCAAGGACAGGAAAGUUCAUGGAAAGAAACAACAGUUUUAAGAAAAAUGCAUGUGAUGAUGAUGAUAACUGGAGAGUUAAAAAAGAACUUUUGCCUGUGGCAGAUUCUUCAACUUCACAAAAAAUAGAUUCAGUUAAAAAAGUGAAUACCGAAAAUCCCAAGUCUUGCAAAAAGAUAACAAGCCAUCAAAAGGGGGAAAAGAGAGUUAUGGACUCAAAGAAAUAUAACAGUGAUGAUAGCAGAAAAAAGUCCAUGGAUGUCAUGGAUAAAAUACCCAAGACUUCAAGUAAUCAGCGAACGUCUUCUGACAAUAAUGGUUCAAGUUUGACAGAAUCAAGUACCAAACGUCCAGUUACUAAACUUGACAGUGAAGUUGCAAUUAUUAGCUCUCAUGAACCAAAGAUAAAUCAGUUGCCAGUUGCUUCAGUUAACACUGCUUCAUCUAAUGUUGCGGCAAUGAAAGGUGAAUUUCCUGACUUAAUGGAGAGCACUAAAAUUAAAAGAGUUCCAAUUACAGAUGGGUUAACAGUUGGUUUUAAAGAGACAGUGACCCCUUCAAAGCCACCUGCUACUCCGUCUUACAGUGCUGUGUUAAGGUCAAUACCAAAACCAAAGGUACGUUUUAGAUUCUCAGUUUACAGCUUUAACAUCCCCAGUAGGUACAGAGAAGGACAUGGUAAUGUUUUGUAUAAUUUUCAGCUAUAUACACUGUAGACCCUUUUCAGCUGGAUGCCACACAGACUUUCUCAUGCAAAAUUUAUGGGAUAUACAACUUUAAAAGUUUUAGAGAUGGAAAGAGCGCAAUUUUGGGGUUUAAGACUCUUAAUUGUUAUAUUUCAUGACAGUUUGAAUUAUGGAGAAGUUACAUACCGAGCAUAUCUUUGGAAAAAGAAGUCACUGGAUAGCGCACCUUGCAGUUGGGCAAUUUUUUGCAUACAAACCCUUAUCAGUUUUCAUACAUAAAAGCUUUAUCUCAUGGGUCGGUCAGUCAGGCCCUCUGACCAAUUAACUGCCCAUGCUCUUCUAUCCAUAGUAUGUUUAAAUUGUGUCUUGUCAAAGUAACUUUGACCAAACGUGUGUUAAUUCUCGGCUUAAGUGCAGAUCUGCAUCACAACUGAUAGCUGGUCUCCUUUGCGUAAGGUAGCAUACUGUAAAGCAGGUAGUCUUGUGACCUGGACUCCUUGUUAUAGAUAAUUUAAGAGUGAUCAUAAUUUGAAGUGAGUGAAAAGUACAUGAACCUGAGCCUUGCUAUCUGAAGGGGGUGAAUAUGCGAACAGAUCUGCAGAUUUUGAAAAUAUUUUUGCCCGGAUAUUGGAUUCAAAGUGAGAUUUUAACGGAUUUCUGGAUCCUGGAAUUACAGCGGAUUGCGGAUUCAUCUAUUUGUUGGGCGGAUUUUGGACUUUAGGUGUAAUUGAUAUAUUUUUGCCCGGAUUUUGGACUCAGGGCAAAAAUGGAAGGGCAGAUUUGGUUAAUAAAUCAUAAUGGAUCGGCGGAUUUGUAUACCCCUGUUCACCCCCCUCCUAACUUUUAUCCUUGUGACUUAACAACUAAUAUGGUCAUUUCUUCUUGGAAUAGUCAGUCAUGGUCCCUACCGCAUGGGAAAAUGAAAAACCCUCAACACGAGCUGGUCUGCUGAAGGUUCCUUCUCACUCGGGAGCAGACCAGGCAGAAAGUGAACCGGGGCAAGAAAAUUCACCAACAAAGAAAAAGAAAAAGAAGAAAAAGAAGGCAGCAGAGAGUGGGGGGCAAUCUCAGGAAGGUGGUUCAGCUAAACGCACUCAGAAGCCCAUCCAGUUUGACCUUGGAGUUAUGCUUCAAAAUAUAUCAGUAAGAAUCUUGAAAAUGUUGGCACAACUUUUGCACACCAAUUCCCCCUUUUCUCAUCCUUUAUGUCAAUGAUGCAUUUUAGUGGUGUUUUUAUGUUGUUUGUUUGUUUGUAUUCUUUUUAGCGUGGUAUUUUCAUAAAGUAUGUUAAUUCAGUAACAUGUUUAAGGUUUCAGCAUCCAUCAUAGUUAUGUUCAAGGGUGUUUACAAUUUUGUUACAACAUAUAAAGUUACGUUAACGAAAAAGAAGUCAUAAUUACCAGUAUGUAUUUUAAAAAUAGUAUAUGAUUACAUUGUCAUAUGACUUCAUACAGAUGAUUGCAAAUCUGUGAAAAUAUUACAUAAUACUAAGAAGUAUAACUUAAUAGUGAAUAUGACAUAAUAAGUUUACUGUAAAAAAUAUAUUUAAUACAUGUUUAUGUUGUGGUUCAAUUUAUCCUUGGUUUAAAUUUUAUUUUCCUUUGUCUUUGGGCAUGGUGAUGUACACUGAUGAAAUAUGAGUUGAAAACAAAGGAAAGUAAAAUUUAAACCAAGGAUGAAUUUCAACAACAACAUAUAUAAUAACUAGGGAUACAGAAAUUGAAAACUGUAGAAGUUAUAUUAACAAGGAAGACUAAUAAUAAUUUAUUAGUCAAGCAAGAGUGUUAAAUGUUGACUUGUUUUGCAUUUACCAUGAGCUUUCCCUGUUAUCACUGCCACAGUCUUAAUUUUUUUUUACUUAUUAUUUAAUAUUCUUUACAGUAUGUAUCGGUAUCACAUCAUCUGUUUUCACCUCUUGGUAUAAUUUAUGUAAUAUUUUCACAGAUUUGUAUCGUAUCAAGUUACCUGUAAUACAUGAUUAAUAUUUCCCCAAUUCCUAGAACUUCUUAAUCAUUAACUUUAUUUAUAGUCAUAAAAAUAACAGUAAACAUCCUUGAACUUAUGAUAGGUACUGAAGAAUGUGAGAUAAUUUUCGUAAACUCAAAUGUUGUGCUGUUGCUUUGUAAUGUUUAAAAUGGCUAUUUUCUUACCAGAAAACAUUCAUAGUAACCACAUUCUAUUUGUAUCUUUUUAAUUAUUAUUGGUUAUUUCCUUACUUUUUUUAGAAGAAUAGCCCAGAGAAGACACAGCAAAGUGGCAAGAAGUUGGUGGUGGCUACGGGUGUAUUACCAACUCAACUAUCAGCAGCAGCAGCAUCUUAUGAGGAAAAACCUGCAGUCAUUUCACCAUUAAGGAAAAGCGAAAACAAGGUAAAAAUUCCAAGAAGAUCACUUUGUAUUUUGCAAGCACAAACAACAAUAUUAAUACAGAAUCCAUUAGGAAAUUGAGUUAAUUUUUCAGUUGACAAAAACCUUGAACCAGAAUAUUUUAAGCCAUAUUGCAUUCUUUUUUACACUUUUCAAGGGCUAUAGAUGUAAUUAGUUACCUGUAAUAACACCAAAGACAAUUUCUUACGGGAGCCCACGAAAAUAAAUUUCAUCUUUUAAUUUCAUAGGAACUGAGAAAACACAGGUAACAUUGUCAUGCAUAAGAUUUCAUUUUGUGAAAUUUGAGGCUUUUGAAAUUUGUUUUCUUGGGCUCCAAUAAGAACCUUUUCUUCAGAAUUAUUUUAUUCAACUUAUUACAUUUAUAGCCUUUGAAAAGCGUGAAAAAGAAUACAAGAUUGAAAUUAUUCUGGUACAAGGUUUUUGUCGACUGAAAAUUAAAAUUUCUCAAUUUCCUAAUGGAUUUCUUCUUAAUCAUGACUUCUCUUUAGAUCCCUCAUAACAAACUGGACUCAACUGCUCCUGUGAUCAAACGAGGCAAAGAGAGAGAAACUCCAGCCAGAAAAAAGCCCAGUGCUCUAAAGAAGGUAAUUACUCACUUCAGAAACUCUAGGAAGAAUAAGUACAAGCUUUGGAUACUGUGAUUUCUGAGCUCAUUUGGGUGGGCAAGCGUUAGUUAUGAUUGGUCGAUGGUAUUCAAGGCAACCAUUAACCAGUCAUAAGUAACGUUUGUCCACCCAAACAAUCCCAGAAAUCAUUGCACCAAAAGUUUGUACCAAUCUUAUAGUUUCUAGAGUGAAAAAUUAUUUUUUACAAUAAAACUGUAAUGUCCUUGGUGCCUUUUAAAGCUACUUCACAAUAUUAUUGUUGGUAUUUACUGUCAUACGGUCAAAUAUAAAAAUCUGAAGCAUUCAAUGAAUAAAGUCAAGAAUCUGCAAGAUGAUUGAAUUAAAGAUACAAACAAUCUCACCAAGAUUCAGUUCAGGCAGUUUUUCAUGACCAUUUGAGAUGUUUGAAGAGAUAAAUUAUAAAUAAUGGUAAGUGACCCUUAUUUUUUUUGGCAGGAAGGGGAAAUGUUGGGAUUUGAGGGGGGGAUGCAAAAAAAUAUAGCUUAAACAGGGGGAGGGGGCCAGGCAAAACAUAUAGGGCAUAAAGGGGAGGUCACCAUAUAAAAUUCCUUUGGUCAACAGCGCUAGCUUGUUAUGAAGAAUUGGCUGUGAGAUUUGAGCCAAUCAGAAACAAAGGGAAAUUUUGAAUGAAUAAUAAUAAAACUUAUUUUGAUACUUUUUAGAUAUUACAAUGUAAAAGAAAUCUACAUCUUUUUAAGUAUUUUUCUUGUAUACUUGCAAAAUCUUUGAAAUUCAACAUGCUGUAUGACAAAACAAAAUAAUAAACCCAGUCAAUCUGACAAUUUUUAAAACUUCGUGUUCUGCAGCUCCCCUAGAUAUCUUAUUAAAAUUAAAAUUUACGGGAGUUGGUAAUUUUUGUUUCCAUAUUUGAUUAAAACCAGAAUAGAUCAUCCAUGGCUCGAAUUUAACAGGUGCCCAACUGUGGGGGGGGGGCAGGUAAAAUUUGUUGUGUUCACGUAAAAUAUUUAGCCCUGUUGUCUCCAGGGCGACUAACUUAUCACAUCAAAACUUCUAACAGUUAUUUAUAUUUCAUGCUGUAUGUUAGAUCAUACUGAAAGAGAGGGAAGAGAAGAAGAAGGCGAGAGAAACAUCUGAAAGUGGUGAUGUGGAAAUGUCUAAUGACAGUACAAAUAGGUAAGAAUAAAUAGAUAAAAAAUAAAUAAUAAAUAAAUAACGAUUUGCAGGUAGCACAUCCACAUAGUGGUUCUUUGUCUACCUGAUUCUACCCUGCAAACAGAGUCUCCUUCGAUCUUCUGACUUAUCUAGAAAAGAUCAAAGCGACUCUGCUAGCAGGGUAACCUGAUUCCUGGUCAAAUUGGAAUUUGGUAGUCGUUCCGGAUCCAGACCUUGAGGUAAGGAGGUGGGGGUGGGGCAGUUAUCCAGACCCUGAGAUAACGGGGGGGCUUGGUCCCCAAAAAAUUUUUCUCAGGCCUCAGUUUGGUCUAAAAGUAAAGGGGGGCUGGCCCCUCCCCUGGAUCUGCCACAGGGUAGUAGUUCAUUUAAUAGCUACCCACAUAGCUUUUGUUUUGUACUUGAAAAAGGAAAAAAGAAUAGGCAAGGCUUGUAGAAGAAACAAAUAAAGAGGUCUGUGUAAACAACAAACAUGAGACAAUUUGCUUAUUUAAAAAAUUGCUCAAAAGAUGCAUUAUUAUUUUUAUGUCAGUAAGUCGUUAUCUGUUUCUGUCUUUUCUUUUAAUAGAAGGAUUUAUUUUCAAGGUAAUUGACUUAAAACAAUAAAUUGUUUCAAAGUCAAUCUUGUAAGAGGAAUGCACGAAGACUUGCUCUUUCUCGUUUUUGUUGUUCUCUCUUUAAGAGCGUGUGAAUCUGAAGGAGAAAAUAUUGCACACCAAGAAGUACAAGACCAGUCAGAAGGUAUAGUUGAAUUGAUCGUGUCAAUCCACAUAUAUUUUACAUUUAAUAUUUGGUUAACACAUCGAGAAAAGGGCAACUUUUUUGGUUAGAUUGUCUGGGAAAUCAACCAUCAUGUGUCUCAUAUUGAGUUGUUGGUCGUGAUUUGUAUAGGAUUUAAUGAGAAAAUGCUUUACGUUUGUUUGAGUGUAGUGAAUUAGAACGUAAUUUAAUGGUAAAGAAUGUGAUCUUUCAUUCACUCAGUAUUUUUCAGCACAUUGUCUUUUCCAUGCAUUAAUAAAUUUCAUGUAAGUGACAGGAUGUAGUUGUGUUUAUUUCACUUUUGUUUAAGUUUUCCUACCGCCAUAAUCUACCAACACUUUUAAGACCUGUUUUCUUUUUGUUGGUCGAAAUUUAUGAUGAUUGACCUACAGUUUUUGCGAUCAUGAGUGACACAAUAUCAUGAGCAACAUUUUUAAUUAUCUCAGCUGAAACAACAGAAGAAGUUGAGCCUUCUUCGCCAACACGCCAGGAAAUUGCUGCUGAAAUACACAGUCGUCGAUUUAGAGAGUAAGUGAUAACCAAUAAUUGUCUUAAUCUCGCUUAUAUAGGCCAUGAGAGCCAGAAUUCGAUAUUCUUUGUUAAGUUAAUUUUUGCUUCAAACGCUAGUGAGAAGUCCAGUUUGCAUUUUUCUCAAUGUUGAUAGAACUACAUCUCCAAAGAACUCAAGAGGCUACUCCCACCUUGUUUAUUAUAUUGUAUGGAAUGUGAAUUUGAGCAAAUUAUCACGAAACUUCGUGUUAGCAUAAAGGACAACAACAACUGUUACUGCAGAGUUAUGCCCCAUUCACACCAAAGCUUAAGCACCUUUAAAAGCUGUUCAGUUAAACAUGGUAUAAAAUUGUUUUCUUCAUAAAAGCUGCUUACUAACUUAUGGCUAUUGCAAUUUAUGUGCAAAUUACAGAGAAUGUUAAAAUUUAUCUGAAUCUUGUUUAAAUGUCCGUGCUCCAGUUUUCCCUUUAUGUUUUUUUUUUUUUUAUUUUUUCAUUUUUUAAAACGUGGGUUAAUAAACCUUGUUAUAAUUGGUGUGAAUGGGGCAUGCGUUUCAUUGACUUUUAUCUAGUAUUUCCUACAAAUUUUAGGAUCGUAUUUUUACCCUCUGACAAACAGUGUAAUUAUACUGAAACCGCACUGUGGUACUAUCAAAGAGCCUGGCUUACCAUAGAAGUGCCCCGGUUGUUCAAACGUUGGAUAGCGCUGUUCACUGAAUAAAUCAUUAUCUAGCAGAUAAGUAUUGGUAGGGCACCACUUUUAUUAUCCACUCCGACUGGACAGAGAUUUAUUCAUUAGCCUGCGAAAACCGCAGCCGUUUCUCCUUGCUCCUCGCCGCUAGGGACGUUUCCUCCAGACGAAACGUCGUCGGCGGCGAGCAACGAGGAGAAACGGCUGUAUUCGCAGGCUAUUUAUCCAUGGGAUAGCGCUAUCCAUCUUUCGAACCAACUACAAUCCUCGUGACGUUGAGUUGGGACACUCUUUGCAACACCCAUAUUCCAACAAAAAGUUGUGUUCCUUUCCUCCCAAUGUUGAAUUUCAGGCUUCUGUGAUGCCAACCCGCAAAAAUCAACAUUGGGAGGGCAGAAAACAUCACCACUGUCCCAACUAAUGUAACGAGUAUUAUAGGCGCAGUUAAAGGACGCUUCUUGAUAUUGUAGCUUGUGUUGAAUUUACAGGUACUGUUGGCAGGUCCCUGAUAAAGAGGUAGAUGCUGUGGCGUCUGAGCUUUUGAGAGAACUUGUGCGGUUCCAAGACAGACAGUUCCAUAAAGAUCCAAUCAAGGUUAAGAGAAACGUUCUUUCUAGUUCUAGUUCGUGGUCUUAAAUUAAUAACACUUUUCAAAAUUUGUAAUUGAAACAUUUUUCGUCGAAUGGACUGUUUUCUAUCUCAACAUGGAUGGUAAAAACAUUUACUUUUUUCAUGUAUUACAAACUUCGGGUAAAACCCAGAGAAACUCCGCGGUAAUCGAACAAAAUAUGCCUGCUUAUAAAUUUACGCAUACCGCCUUGAAGGGGGCAUAUAUUUUUUAAUCAGGGAUAUGUAUACUAAAUCAAUGAGGGUGCACACUUUAUACAUUGGUUAUGUAAUUUGCACUUCUAGUUCUUAUUGCUCUUUGUUAAGUUUUGUUUUUUGUUUACUUCACAGGCUAAGGCUAAGAGAAGGUUUGUACUGGGCCUCAGAGAGGUUCACAAACAUCUAAAAUUAAGGAAGGUUAAGUGUGUGAUCAUAUCUUCCAAUGUUGAGCGCAUCAAAUCAGCAGGUUAGUGACACAAGCUAUUUAAGUGGGCAGAGGCAAAUCAGAUGAUUGUCCGCUAUACUCGAGCAAUUAACCCUUUAAACCCUGAGAUCAAAAUUAAAAUUCUCAUUUGUCGCCCCUACUCAUUUACUGCAGAAGUAGUGAGGAGAAGUUAAUACAAUAUCAAGCAAAUUCAUCGUGUGUGAUUAUGUCCGUAAUUCUCAUGACCACUCUGUUUUACAAAGCAUUGCUACUACAAGGAGAAAUUUGAUACUGAUCACUCUUCGGGUUUAGAGGGUUAAUACAAAUUCAGCCUUAUGCCUCAAAACCAAUGGUUUUUCGACGGGCAUGAUUGCUUGAAAUCUUUCCCUUUUUUAUAAGAUCCAGCAUAAUUUAGUCGCUUUUCCAUUCCCUGGUGAAAUUAUCUCUUAGAAAUACCUCCUGUACCAGGAAGUCCCAUAGUAUGACAUACAACCUUUUACCCGCUUUUGUUGAUGCCUUAAAGUACUAUUUUUUUGGCCGUUAGCUUAUACCUGUGUGGAACAGUCUUCCAUCCACUGCUGUUAACGCUCCGUCUUUGCCCGUGUUUAUGGCCACAGUUAAAAGCUAUUUGCCAUCACCUAUAGCCUGAAUUUCAGACGAUUACUUCGAGUCGUCUUCUGAAUCGACCGGCCGUUAAUGUCUUCCAGUGACGUCACUACCCGAAAACUGGGUAGUGACUUUGAUUGGUUGAUUGUCCAAACAUUCACAUAAUUACGUAUAAUUAUGAGAAAUUUUAGCGGGAUUGUCGUUUGAUAUUCAGCGGAUCGCAUGUGUGGAGUUCAAAAAUUUCGAGAAUCUUUAUCGUAAACAGCAAAAUUGAACUGCGAAUGAAGAAUCAUUGUGGAGAGUGGGUAGGUUUUCAUUUAGAGCCGAGGUCUAUAGACCUUUGCCACGUUCCUGUGAACAAAUGCACCAACUCGAGGCUCGGGUGGACAAAAUACAGCGAUUUGUUUGAAAUUGUUCACCUGAGCUUCGUCCUCAUUUCUUUAUGUUUGCUCACUGGAGCGUGAUGGGAGUCAGGUCUAUUCAGACGUUACUGAGAUAGUAAAAAUUAUUCGAAGUAAUCGUCUGAAAUUCAGACUACCAUCGCCUGCAGCCUUGCUAAUUAUAACCACCCAUUGCCACAAUGAGCCUGUGCCUUAAUUUAAGUCGUAUCAAUUUCAGAUACCUUAAUUAACACAAACCUCAAUUUCCAAUAAUAAGUUACAUUGAAUUAACUGUUUUUUCCCAAUAGGAGGUUUAGAUGACACGGUUGGUAGUAUAAUAAGAUUGUGCGAGGAAAAUCAUAUUCCAGUGGUGUUCGCUCUAAAACGCCAGUUGUUGGGAAGAGUUCUUUUAAAGAAAGUUCCAGUCAGUAUUGUUGGGAUAUUCAGUUACGAUGGGGCACAGGUUAGUUAA